ACUGUAUUCGGUAAAUCCUUUUUCUUCAAUUCCCAUCAUUUGAACUCAAAACCCUCAAAAGCGAUUUUUCCCUUUUCCGGAUUCCAAUGACUGAAAUCGCGGCUACUGCAGUUAUCACUGUGCUGUGUGAGAAGCUUAUCUCUGGUGAUUUGAUGAAGCUGGCUCGAUCCAAAGGGAUUGAUUGCCAGCUGAACAAAUGGAAGAACACCUUGCCCAUGAUUCAAGCCGUGCUUGGUGAUGCUAGCCAGAAGCACAUAACAGUCCCAGGUGUUCAAUUAUGGGUGAACAAUCUCCAGGAUUUGGUUUACGACAUAGACGACGUACUCGAUGAUUUGGCCACCGACGCUCUGCGACGCAAGUUGAAUCAAGAAGCUCUAGCCAGCACCAGCACUAGUAAGGUAUUGAAGAUCAUCCCAACUUGUUGUACUAAUUUCACUCCUCGCAAUAUUAUGUAUGGUCAGAAGAUGAGUUCUAGACUAGACGAGAUCACCACCAAAUUGGAUGAUCUUAUUGUGCUGAAAAAUAAUCUGGGUUUGAAUGUGAAUGUUGAAAGGUCAAAUAUGACCGAAAGACGGUUAGAGCAAACUUCACUGGUUGAUGAGUCCAAAAUCAUGGGUCGUGAAGGGGAUAAAGAGGCAUUGAUGGGGAAGUUGUUGGGUAAUGAAGAAAGUGAUCAAAAUGUGAGCAUAUUGACGAUAGUUGGAAUGGGUGGAAUAGGCAAAACCACUAUUGCUAAACUUUUAUAUAACGAGCAGAAAGUGAAGGAUCACUUUGAAGUCAGGGCAUGGGUUUGUAUUUCUGAAGAGUUUGAUGUAUUUAAUAUUUGCAAUGCUAUUUUUGAAGCUUUAGGUGGGGAGAACAAAAGAUUCUCUAAUCUUGAUCCGCUUCAUGUGGGCCUCAAAGAAAAACUUUUAAAGAAGAGGUUCCUACUUGUUCUAGACGAUGUCUGGAACGAAGACCACAGUAAGUGGGAACUCUUGCAAAGCCCUCUUCUUGUUGGGGCACCUGGAAGUAAGAUUAUUGUCACAACCAGAAGCAUAAGGGUUGCAUCGGUGAUGGACUCACAAGAAACUUACUCUCUGGGUGUUUUGUCAAAUGAAGAUGCUCUAUCAUUAUUUGCUCAACAUGCGGUAGGAGAAAAAAACUUUGACAAACAUCCAACACUUAAGUUGCUUGGUGAAGGUAUCCUGAAGAAAUGUGGUAGACUGCCUUUGGCUUUGAAAACACUUGGGAGGGUCGUCAAGGGAUAUAAAAAUGGUGAUGAAUGGGAGAAGUUGUUAAACAGUGAGAUAUGGGAUAUAGAGGACGGAAGUGAAAUUCUUCCAGCUCUAAGAAUAAGCUACUAUCAUCUCCCUCCAUAUUUGAAGCAAUUGUUUGCAUAUUGCUCCUUAUUUCCCAAGGACUAUGUGUUUGAUAAGAAAAAAUUAAUUCUACUGUGGGUUGCAGAAGGAUUUUUGUCCCAAUCAAAAGGAAACAAGUCAAUGGAGUUUUUAGGUCAUGAGUAUUUUGAAGAGCUAAAGUCGAGAUCGUUUUUCCAACAUUCAACGAGUGACGAGUCAGAGUCAGGAUAUACGAUGCAUGACCUGAUAAAUGACUUGGCCACAAGUGUUGCAGGAGAGUUUUCAUUUAGAUUGGAUGGUGAGGUUGAUGUAUCCGACACUAAUGAAAGUUUUGAUAAGUUUCGUCACUUUUCACUUGUAGGUCCAAUAUCAUAUAGAAAACUUAAUGAAUUACAAAGAUCUAAACGCUUGCGGACUUUCUUACUAAUGUCAGUUGCUUGUAGAAAUGAUUGCUUUUUGGACAAGGUUCUUGUUAAACUACUUCCUGAACUACAGUCCCUGAGGGUGCUAAGUGUCAUAGACUUGGCUCUGGGCCAUGACAGAAUUACACCCAUUUCUGUAAUCACAAAGGUACCAGAAUCCAUUGGUAGUCUCAAGCAUCUACGGUAUCUUAAUUUUUCUCAUUCUAAUAUUACAUGUUUGCCGGAACAAGUGAGUCACCUUUAUAAUCUACAGAGCUUAUUGGUUCAUAAUUGUUAUUGGUUAUCUAGCUUACCAAGAAGUUUUGCAAAGUUAAUAAACAUGCGUCAUCUUGAUAUAAGUGAUACUCCAAAAUUGAACAAGACGCCUUUAGGGAUCGGUGGGAUGACGCGUCUACAAACUCUACCCAUGGUCUUUAUUGGAGAAGGUGAUGGAUUCAAAAUAUCGGACCUUAAGGGCCUAACAGAUCUUCAAGGCCAGCUUUCCAUUAUGGGUCUAGACAAAGUAAUAAAUCCAAUACAAGCAAAGGACGCCAACUUACAUCAAAAGAAGGGUCUUGAAGUUUUGGAGAUGAAAUGGAGUGAUGUGUUUGAUGAUGCACGGAACGAUUGGAUUGAAUAUGAAGAAGUACUUAAAGAACUAAGACCUCAUCCAAAGUUAAAAAUCCUCAAGAUUUUGUUCUACAAGGGAACAAGAUUUCCUAGUUGGGUUGGCGAUCCCUCAUUUGAUCAGUUAACAGAGCUUACGUUAUGUGGUUGUAGAAGUACACAGUUACCAACACUUGGAUGUUUAGGGUCUCUUAAGACAUUGAUUGUUGAAAGGAUGAGUGAGGUGAAGACCGUGGGUAUUGAGUUUUUUGCACCUACUAAUUCUUUUAUUGGCAUUGCAUUUCCAUCCCUUGAAGUUCUGGAAUUUGAAGAUAUGCAAGGUUGGCAGAGAUGGUCUAUUAAUAGUGGCGACGAACAUGGAACUCCUACAUCAUUUCCUUGUCUUCAUGAGAUAUCUAUUAGAUGCUGUCCAGAACUAGCUGAAGUGUCAAUCGGAUUGAUACCAUCACUUCGGGUUUUACAUGUAGCAGAAUGUUCUGCAGAGGUGUUAAAAGGCAUGGUUGGUAUGUCCUCAUCACUUGUUGAAUUGAAAAUGUUGAGCGUUAAAGGACUUGCUCAACUACACGGAGAAGAUUUAACGCAUCUUGGGGCAGUUGAACAUCUAUCUAUAUGGAAUUGUGAUGAACUGAGAUACUUGUGGGAACGAGAAUCGGAGGCAUGCAAAAGUCUUGUGAGUUUACAGAAGUUGGAAGUAUGGAAUUGUAAAAAGUUGGUUUCAUCAGCCGAGAAAGACGACAAUUUUGGGAUAAGCAUGAAAUCUGUGAAAGAAGUGAUGUUUAGUAAUUGUGAGACAUUGGAGAGUUACAAUUGUCCAAAUAGUGUUGAGAGGUUGGAGAUAAAUAAUUGUGGUUCAAUGACAUCCUUGACCUUCUCAGCAGUGCAGGAGCACCCAUCCACUCUCACUGAAUCAAUAGUCAGUGAUUUCGGUUUUCUCCCCAUGUCUCACCUAACAUUUCUUGAUAUUGGUUUUUGCAAGAAUCUAAAGUCAUUAUCUGAUGAGCAUUUUCAAAGUCUCACAUCUUUGGAGGAAAUGUUCAUAUGUGAUUGUCCAAGUAUGGACUACUCCUUCCCUUGUGGGGUGUGGCCUCCUAAUUUAAGAAGUCUAACCAUAGGAGGCUUAAAUAAGCCCAUGUCCAAGUGGGGCCAGCAAAAUUUUCCAGCUUCACUAGUUUUUCUACAUUUAUAUGGCAGAGACUCAGAAGUGGUUUCAUUUGCAGUGACAGAUGAUGUGAGGAAUACUACUACUCCGGCAUCAUGUUUUCUUCUUCCACCAUCUCUGGUAUGUCUAAGGCUUGAAGAUUUUAAGGAUGUGGAAUCAUUUUCAGAGGUCUUACAACACGUCCCCUGCCUUAAAAGACUUGAAAUUUUUUCAUGCCCUAAGAUUACAGAUCUUAAGAACAUUUACGACCCAUCAAAUUUGACGAUAAUGGUGCGGCAGUAGAAAAGGCAAAAUAUGGAGAUAUGCAUCAAGUGGUUACACAGCUGCAGCAUUCAAUAUCAUAGUCCACAGGAUGGAGGCUGUUGAAGGUCAUUGGAUUGUAGAGACUACCAAAGGUACAAGUAAAUACCAAAUACAAGUUCAAAAUCUGAGAUAUAUGAUGGAUGUGAGCAUGCAUUGGUUAAUUGAUCGAAGCUGUUGAAGGUUGUUUGGUAUUUUUGAUUGGAAUUUCAUUUUAAAUGGGUUGUUUUGAAAUGCAUGGUAGAUUUGUACGGCGGAUUCUUUUAAGAUAAUUUGGAAAUGUUCUCGUUCACUGACCUGGAACUCCA